UUUCUCUUGUUCUCUCUUUCUCUGUCUAUCUCUCUCUCUCUCAUACCAACUCGCCACUGGAACUGGACCGGCGGUUAAUUCAUGUAAAUACAAUCCAAUAUAAUUAUUAUUACAUCAUAUUUUGGUAUUUUCAACACUUGUCAGCAUCUUCACUAAGCAGCAGAAUGGCACCAAAAAAGAAAGAAGAAGCUCAGAUUCCUCCUCUAAUUGGUCGAGUUGGCACUAAUUUAAAAAUUGGAAUUGUUGGUCUUCCUAAUGUUGGGAAGUCAUCAUUUUUCAACGUUCUCACUAAAAGCCAAGCCUCAGCAGAAAAUUUUCCAUUUUGUACUAUAGACCCAAAUGAAAGUCGUGUUGCAGUGCCAGAUGAGAGAUUUGAUUACCUUUGUGAGUUCUACAAACCUGCCAGUAAAGUUCCAGCUUUCCUGAAUGUUGUUGAUAUUGCUGGUCUUGUCCAAGGAGCACAUGAGGGGAAGGGACUCGGAAAUGCUUUCCUUUCAAAUAUCAGUGCUUGUGAUGCCAUCUUCCAUGUAGUCAGAGUCUUUGAUGAAGAAAGUAUCGUUCAUGUUGAAGGAGAUGUUGAUCCUGUUCGUGAUCUUGACAUCAUUCAUGACGAACUGCGCUUUAAAGACUUGGAUUAUUUGAAGAAGCAAAUUGAGAGCUUAGAACGGUCUGUGCUGAGAGGAUCAGAUAAGAAAAAGAAGCCAGAAUAUGAAACUCUAGUAAAAAUUCUUGAGCAUUUAGAAAAUAACCAGUUGCCAAGGAAGGUUUUAUGGGAUAUAAAAGAACUUGAAGUUUUAAACAAGCAUCUUUUGCUGACAGCUAAACCAGUCAUAUAUCUGGUCAACCUAUCUGAAAAGGAUUAUACCCGCAAGAAAAACAAGUGGCUCCCCAAGCUGAAAGCCUGGAUUGAUAGCCAUGACACUGGCGCCCUACUCAUACCAUUCAGCUGUGCUUUAGAGAUGAAAUUACUUGAUAUGGAUGAUGAAGAAAAAGAGAAAUAUCUUAAAGAAGCUGGAACCACCAGUGCACUUGAAAAGAUUAUUGUUCAAGGAUACAAGAUAUUACAGCUAAUCUACUUCUUCACCAGUGGUAAAGAUGAAGUCAAAGCCUGGACUAUACAGAAAAAUACCAAAGCACCUCAAGCUGCUGGAAAAAUCCAUACUGACUUUGAGAAAGGUUUUAUCAUGGCUGAAAUAAUGUCUUAUACAGAUUUCCGAGAACAUGAAUCAGAAGUUGCUGUUAAGGCUGCUGGAAAAUACAAACAAAAGGGACGAGAUUAUAUUGUGGAAGAUGGUGAUAUAAUAUUCUUCAAGUUUAAUGCUGGAGCUGGUUUGACUGGAAAAAAGAAAUAAAACUGUCAGUCAAGUAAAAAUGAUUUUAACAGUCUAAAAAGAAAUGGUGGUGUCCUUAACUGAAAUUGUGAUAACACAAUCUAAGAUUUAUUAAUAAACACAUUCUUCUCUUAAA